AUGACUGAAGCUGAGUUCCUGAAGAAGCGCGGGUACACACUGGGCAUCAGGCUGGGUGAAGGAUCCUAUGGCCAUGUUAAGUCUGCUUACUCACAGCACCUCAAAACCAACGUGGCCAUAAAGAUCAUCAACAGGAAGACAGCGGCGCAGGACUUUCUGGACAAGUUCCUGCCACGAGAGCUGGACAUCUUGCGAUCACUGAACCACAGCAACAUCGUGAAGACCAUCGACAUCUUCAACACGUCCCAGGGUAUGGUGUACAUGGUGAUGGAGCUUGGAGUUCAAGGGGACCUGCUGGAGCUGAUCAAAGCCCGUGGACCUCUGCCCGAAGACUUUGGCAGGAAACUGUUCCGUCAGCUCUCGCUCGCCAUCCAGUACAUCCACCACCUGGACAUCGCCCACCGGGACCUGAAAUGCGAGAACCUGCUGCUGGAUAAGCACUUCAACCUGAAGGUUUCAGACUUUGGGUUCAGCAAGAAGUUAGAGUACGAGGGCGGCCAGAUGGUCCUCAGCAGAACUUUCUGCGGUUCCAUGGCUUACACAGCUCCAGAGGUUUUGCAUGGUUUCCCAUACGAGCCUAAAGUGAGCGAUGUGUGGAGCAUGGGUGUGGUCCUGUUCGUCAUGAUGUGUGACUCCAUGCCUUAUGAUGACUCCAACAUUAAGAAGAUGCUGAGGAUUCAAAUGGAGCAUUGCGUGGAUUUCCCUCGUUCUGCAUUCGUCCCAUUGGAAUGCAAAGACCUCAUCUACAGGAUGCUUCACCCCAAUGUGGCUAGGCGGAUCAAGAUUUGCAGCAUUUUGGAACACCUUUGGCUCCAGAAGAAAUCCAAAGAAUCUGUGGACAUCAGAGCCAGACCAAGGGCCUGCCACAAAAAUAGGAGCAAGGAGGAACUUAGAACCCUGAAACAUUACCAGGAGAACUCUGAGGAACCUGAAGCUGAGUCAGCAGCAGAACCCUCUCCAGAGUCUACAGACAGAGCAGGAGGCUCUAAGCAAGCAGAACUACCAUCAUCCGCCAGCAGCAACUCUGAAGACUAG